AAGAUGAUUGAUAAAGAAUUCAUCAUAACAUGAGAAAAUCCUUUUCGUGCAUCUUAUGUAUAGGAUCUGGAGAUCACUGUCAGUGCUGGUGGUGUAGGCAGAUCAAUUAUGGUGUUAAAGGUGCUUUGGAUAAGUACAUAUCAGGAAAUAAUUUACAGGGAGAUGCUGGAGGAAUAGGAUUACUCUUACAGAGAGUCAGUAUGGACUCGGAGUUGAAUCGCCUUCCUUCAAUUGUAGAACUAAUCUGUGAUUCACUUCCAAAUUUAUAAAAUGUCAAAGUCUACCCAGCUCACAUUUAUUCCUCGGUCCUUCCUACUUUUCAGCUCAACUAUUGCCUACGCUAUCUGAAGCUAGAAUUAACACAGCCCUUGGCUAAAAAGAAGAUGCGUGGGCAUAUUUUUUUUGUUCUUAAAUGAAAUAGUAAUCAAAUUAUUUUAAAGCUGUUAGUUCGAAUAUUGUUAAAAAUCAAUACGUUUUGAACACUUUUAAUAACGGGAUGAUGAAAUUACUCAUCGAAAGUCACGUUAUGUAUAAUCCUCGUAAAUAAAAUUCAACAACAUUCUCACGAGUUGAUGUCAUAAUUCAUACACAAAUAAAGCUGACAACUUUAAAUGUUAAUCCUCUGUUGACGUCUUUGUUGAUGCAGUUGGAGAAAUCUCCCAGGAUGUGAACUUGGGUUACGGGUCGCAAGUGUUUGGUGCGUUUCAGCGACUUGGUUCAGGGCGAUUCGCAAUGGUACAAGGUUUGCAGCCUUUCACCUGAAGCAAAAGGAACACACAUUCGGUUAGCAAGUGUGACAUCAGAUCACUCAGCCGGGAUCGUCCUUUAACGUCUCCACCUUGUUCCGUGCUCCUGACCGCCAGACAUCCUACCGCGUUGAUUAAACUUUAACCAAUAUGCAGCUGGCACUAAAAACUGGAUAUUUUUUCUUGGCUGUACGCUUAGAUUAACAUUUUUGAGUCACUUGCUUUUCAUUCGAAUCCGCAGUGCUUUGUUAUCGAGACUCCAGUUACAACCUGAACCCACCCAGCCAGAACGAUGGCGACGGAAUGCGAGUCCGAGCGACUAAAAAUACAAUGGAAAUAAAGGAAUGUCAUUGGCGACCUGUUUUUGGAGAAAAGAUGGAGUUUGGCUUUUAACAAUGUAGGACAUCACGGUGGCAAAUCUCACAAUCCGAAUCUAUUCAGACCCCGCAGCCGGUCCUUUCCUACCGUCGAAUGUGCUCGAUUAUCUUUGAAAUGCUUUAUGUCACAGCAUUUAAAAGCUAAUCCCAACGAUAACAAUGAUAAAAAGAUAUAAAGAGAGUCCCACUUCGACCAUGUCCUUGUCUUUUUGUGGCAACGACAACGACACGGCUGCCUACAAUGUGGACAGGGGAGUGCUCAACAACGGCUGUUUCGUGGACGCUUUGAAUGUUGUCCCACAUGUGUUGCUGCUCUUCAUCACCUUCCCUAUAUUAUUCAUCGGCUGGGGAAGUCAGAGCUCCAAGGUCCACAUUCAUCACAGCACGUGGUUACAUUUUCCUGGACAUAAUUUGCGAUGGAUCCUCACUUUUAUACUCUUGUUUGUACUGGUUUGUGAAAUUGCAGAGGGGAUCGUUUCGGAUGGGUUUACAGAGACACGCCACUUGCAUCUGUAUAUGCCAGCUGGAAUGGGCUUCUUGGCUGCGAUUACAUCAAUCAUUUAUUAUCAUAACAUUGAAACAUCAAACUUUCCCAAACUAUUGCUAGCUUUACUGGUCUACUGGACAUUAGCUUUCAUUACUAAAACUGUAAAAUUUGCCAAGUUUUGUGAGCAUGGGAUUGGGCUGAGCCAACUCCGAUUCUGUAUUGCAGCACUAUUGGCCGUGUUAUAUGGCAUGUUGUUGGCUGUGGAAAUCAAUGUCAUCAGAGUACGGCGAUAUAUUUUCUACAAAUACUCAAGAGAAGUGAAACCUCCAGAAGACCUGCAGGAUUUAGGUGUCCGAUUCUUGCAACCAUUUGUGAACCUGCUCUCCAAAGGCACCUACUGGUGGAUGAACACCUUCAUAACAACGGCACAUAAAAAACCCAUUGACCUUAAAGCCAUUGGCAAGUUGCCUUUUGCCAUGAGGGCAAUAACCAAUUAUACACAUCUGAAGGAAGCAUUUGAAGUACAAAAGAAGAAGGGUACUGUUGGGCCUCAGGAAUCAAAGCUGUUUUGGCGUGUGUUGCGGCAGGCUUUUGGUCGCCCAAUCAUUCUCAGCAGCACGUUUCGUAUUAUGGCCGACUUGCUGGGGUUUGCAGGCCCACUUUGUAUCUCUGGGAUUGUACAUCACCUGAGCGAUGAAAACAAAACAUUUCGUCCACAGGUCAAAAUAUUGGGCGUUUACUUCAUUUCCUCACAGGAGUUCUUGGCCAACGCUUAUGUUAUUGCAGUUCUCUUGUUUCUUGCUCUUCUUUUGCAAAGGACAUUUCUUCAAGCAUCCUACUACAUUGCCAUAGAAACAGGAAUUAACCUACGAGGAGCAAUUCAGGCAAAGAUCUACAAUAAGAUUCUUCGUUUGUCAACUUCAAAUAUGUCCACGGGAGAGAUGACGGUAGGACAGAUUUGCAAUCUGGUCGCCAUUGACACAAACCAGCUGAUGUGGUUUUUCUUUCUCUCUCCCAAUCUAUGGGCUAUGCCCGUGCAGAUCAUUGUAGGUGUGUUUCUUCUCUAUUACCUCCUUGGAAUUAGUGCCUUAAUUGGAGCAACAGUAAUUGCAUUGUUGGCCCCAGUCCAGUAUUUUGUAGCAACCAAAUUCUCUCAGGCCCAGAGAAGCACAUUGGAUUACUCAAGUGAGCGCUUGAGGAAAACAAAUGAAAUGCUACGAGGAAUCAAACUGCUUAAGCUCUAUGCUUGGGAGCAAAUCUUCCAUAACAGUGUAGAAGAGACUCGACACAAGGAGCUCACAAGUCUCAAAUCUUUUGCUCUCUACACCUCCAUAUCUAUUUUCAUGAAUGCAGCAAUACCCAUUGCCGCAGUCCUCACAACUUUUGUAGUUCACACUCACCUCUACGAGGAUGCAGACCUCUCGCCAGCAGUGGCUUUUGCUUCGCUCUCUCUGUUCCACAUUCUGGUCACACCCCUCUUCUUGCUGUCAAGUGUGGUUCGCUCUACUGUCAAAGCUUUAGUGAGUGUGCAGAAACUCAGUGAAUUCUUCUCCAGUGAAGAAAUCGGGGAGGAGCAGAACAGAGUUGUGGUGCAUUUGAACACGGAAAAUAAUAGCAAGUACCAGACCGUACCCCUUAAAGUUAUUAACCGCAAACGGCCCACCAAGGAGGGAUGGCAAAAAUACGAACCUCAGUCCAGACAGCAAAUAAGCAGCACAGAAGGAGAUGAUGUAUUUAUAAAGGUGACAAAUGGUUUCUUUACCUGGACAUCUGAUGGAGCCCCAACGCUGUCUAACAUUGAUAUCAAGAUUCCUUAUGGGCAGCUAACCAUGAUAGUUGGUCAGGUUGGAUGUGGCAAAUCUUCCCUGCUCUUGGCAAUUCUUGGAGAAAUGCAGAAAAAUUCUGGAAAUGUGUACUGGAACAGAAGUUCUGAUGCUGAAUCGACAGAAGAAGGCAGCAGUACCGAGGUGGACACAGCUGUUGAUGUUGAAGUGAGGAGAAGAGGAUCUGUGGCCUAUGCUGCACAGAAGCCAUGGUUGUUAAACACAACAGUGGAGGAGAAUAUCACAUUUGGAAGUCCUUUCAACAAGGAAAGAUAUAGAGCAGUAAUUGAUGCAUGUUCACUUCAGCCAGAUAUUGACAUCCUUCCUCAGGGAGAUCAGACACAAAUUGGUGAGAGGGGAAUUAAUCUAAGUGGUGGACAGCGUCAACGUAUCAGUGUAGCAAGAUCUCUGUACCAGCAGGCUAACGUGGUAUUUCUGGAUGAUCCAUUCUCAGCACUGGAUGUCCAUCUGAGUGAUCACCUUAUGCAAGAUGGAAUCCUGAAGCUGCUGCAAGAAGAGAAGCGGACUGUGGUUCUGGUCACUCAUAAACUUCAGUACCUGCCCCACGCAGACUGGAUCAUAGCCAUGAAGGACGGAACUAUUCAGAGAGAGGGCACACUCAAGGAUAUCCAAAAUUCUGAUCCUGAGCUCUUUGAACUUUGGAAAACACUAAUGAACAGGCAGGAUCAAGAACUAGAAAAGGAAACUGUAGCUGAAAAUAAAACCGCAUUGGAGCGGAAGAACUUGCGCAGAGCAAUGUACUCUCGGGAGGCCCUCCUCAAAACACUGCAGGAAGCUGAAGAUGAAGAGGAUAUGGCAGAAGGUGAUGAUGAGGACAACCUUUCCUCUGUCCUGCUCCAAAGAGCAAAGAUGCCAUGGCAUGCCUGCGGCAAAUAUUUAAGCUCGGCAGGUUGCCUUUUGCUGCCCCUGCUCAUCUUCUCGCAGCUCUUCAAACACACAGUAAUGGUGGCAAUUGACUACUGGUUAGCGAAGUGGACCUCGGAUGCUAUCUAUGUCAAGAUUGAAGCAGAAAAAGGAAAUUGUUCUUCGGUCCAGGAUUGCCAAUUCAGUCAUUCUUCCUACAUAACGGUGUUCAGCAUUCUGUGCUGCCUGGGAAUUGUCCUUUGUUUGGUUACCUCCAUCGCUGUGGAAUGGACAGGCCUCAAAGUGACCAAGGAACUGCAUAAGAGUUUACUCAACAAAGUCAUCCUAGCACCAAUGCGAUUCUUUGAGACCACUCCUCUUGGGAACAUCCUGAACCGAUUUUCUGCAGAUACCAAUAUCAUUGAUCAGCACAUUCCUGCCACCUUGGAGUGUCUCAGUCGAUCAACUCUUUUGUGUCUCUCUGCCCUGGCAGUGAUUUCAUAUGUGACUCCAAUAUUCAUCAUUGCACUUGUUCCACUUGCAGUGGCUUAUUACUUUAUCCAGAAGUACUUCAGAGUGGCAUCCAGAGACCUCCAGCAAUUGGAUGACAGCACACAAUUGCCAGUACUUUCACAUUUUUCUGAGACUGUGGAGGGUCUAAUCACAAUACGGGCCUUGAGGGAAGAAAAUCGCUUUAGGCACAAGCUGCUGGAGCUGACCGACACUAACAACAUUGCCUCCUUGUUCCUCACGGCUGCAAAUCGUUGGCUCGAAGUUCGUAUGGAAUAUAUAGGAGCAUGUGUAGUUCUCAUUGCAGCAGUUGCGUCCAUCACCAACUCACUAUACUACGGACUUGCAUCAGGACUUGUUGGUCUGGGACUGACCUAUGCCCUAAUGAUUUCAAACUACUUGAACUGGAUGGUACGCAAUCUAGCAGACAUGGAAGUACAAUUAGGUGCUGUGCAGAGAAUAAACAGCCUCCUUAAAAUUGAAACAGAAAAUUAUGAUGGACUUAUAUCACCUUCGCAGAUUCCUCCCAACUGGCCAGAUGAAGGUGAGAUCAAAAUCCAGAAUCUCAGUGUUCGCUAUGACAGCACCCUAAAACCAGUGUUAAAGAAUGUGAAUGCCCACAUCAGUCCAGGACAAAAGGUUGGAAUCUGUGGACGAACAGGCAGUGGGAAAUCUUCUUUUUCUUUAGCCUUUUUCAGAAUGGUAGAUAUGUUUGAAGGGAGGAUAAUUAUUGACGGAAUUGAUAUUUCCAAACUACCACUAAGCAUGUUACGAUCCCGACUUUCUAUCAUCCUUCAAGAUCCUGUGUUAUUCAGUGGGUCAAUACGAUUUAACUUGGAUCCAGAGAGAAAAUGCACAGAUAGCAUUCUGUGGGAGUCCUUAGAGAUCGCACAACUCAAACAUGUGGUGAAAGCUUUACCAGGAGGUUUAGAUGCUAUAGUUACUGAAGGAGGAGAAAAUUUUAGCUUGGGCCAACGUCAGCUGUUUUGCUUAGCAAGAGCAUUUGUGCGGAAAAGUAGUGUGUUGAUCAUGGAUGAAGCCACAGCCUCAAUAGACAUGGAAACAGAAAACAUUUUACAAAAAGUUGUAAUGACAGCCUUUGCAGAUCGAACAGUGGUAACCAUUGCUCAUCGCGUUUCUCUAAUUCUGGAUGCGGAUCAAAUUAUAGUGCUGUCUGAGGGCACAGUAGCAGAGAACGAUUCCGUUUCCAAUUUGCUGAGCAAGGACAGCACAUUUGCCUUUUUAGUGAAGACCAAUAUUUAAAGAUGGUCACAAAGAUGACUUACUGGGUUUGUAUGGGAACGCAUCGUGUGCAUACCAUUUUGAAUGCAGACCUGGUGAUUGUGAUGAAGAGAGGAAUUAUUUUGGAAUAUGACGCUCCCAGCAGACUCUUGGAACAAAGGGAUGGAACCUUUGCCUCUUUUGUACAGGCAG